CUUGGCUGCUUCGCUUCUCGAUCGAGAGAACAAUGGGCGAAGAUGAGGGCGAUAGCAAAGGAGCAGCAGCGAGGAGAUGGUUGGAGAGCAUGGUGGCCAAGCCCCCAUCUCAACCCUCCUCCUCCUCCACCUCCAGAGUCGUCGGUGAUGGUGGCUUCUUCAACGCCCUCACCCUUUGGGAUCUCCGUGUCUCUCUCACCCACGCCGGUCGUGCUCUGUGCUCCUUUCGCGUCCCCCGUCACCUCACCGACUCCGAUGGGAACUGGAUCCCUGGGGCGAUGUCCACUGUUAUCGAUCUCGUCGGCGCAGCCGCCAUCUUAUCCGAAAAAGGCGAACUCAGGGUCUCCGCCGACAUGGACAUCACCUACCUCUCUCCGGCCAAGAUCGAUGAUGAGGUGGAGGUGGAUGCUCGGGUUUUAGGGCACAAGGGGAGGGUGUCGGCGGUGCUGGUGGAGCUUCGGAAGAAGAGGAAUGGUGAAAGGGUGGCACUGGGCAAGCUCUGGAUGGCAUCAGGCCGCCCAUUGAUCAAAUCCAGCAAACUUUGAAGAUCAAAACCCUAAUUUUGUGGUAAAUUUCUAGCUUUAAUUUUCCAUUUUUCCACAGCUGGAAUUUUCCAUGCUUUACUGUUCUGUUUGACAAUUUUAAAUUGUUUAAUAUAUAUAUAUAUGUUUAUGUAUGUA